AUGGGCCUUGAGCACGAGGACGGGGACUGCGACUUCAACGUCGUAGCGACCUAUGCACUACAAUUGAACUCGUACACCAAAGGCGCCGAGAUUUUUCUCGAUGGCCUGAGCGACGAGAUCACCAAGUCUUCCGCACACGCAGGUCAGCAGUCGGCCUGUCGUUUUAUCGACAUUGAUGUCAACCAGUUGUUAAUGGAUCGACAGCCCCGAGAGCACCUUCUAGCCGCUCAGAUUUUGAACUAUAUUGCCGUCCACCCGAACACCCUUGACAUUGAUUCGAUCGAAGUCGUCGAGGAGUACAUUGACCACCUGCCGCAGGAAGUGCUUGACGAGAUCAAGUAG